AUGGACGGACCGAUCCGGCAAAUACGAGACUUCGCCUCUCACCUCCUCGCCAAGGAAGUCUCGUCGCACCACCCUCUCUCCCCUCCCCCCGCCUACACGCCCAACCGCCAACCGCUGGACCUCCGCACCAUCACGGCCCGGCAGCUCGAGCAGCAGCGCGAGGCGCUGCCCCGGCCCGUCCUGAUAGACACCUCGCCCGUCACGGACCUGCUCGUCGGGUCGGCCGUCGACGACGCCUGCAACGUGAUGGCCGGCGACGACGUGGACGGCGUGGAGGAGGACGACGACGAGUCGUCGUCGCCCAUCUUCCUCCGCAUCAACACCUCCAUCAAGGUCGCCAGCAACAACAACGUGCUCUGCAUCGGCGCCACGCCCACCGACAACGCAAAGCAGAUCGCCGAGGCCGUCGUCAAGGCUAUGCGCGACUACAGCGCCGGCAACGCCGGCCUCCCCAUGAUCGACGAGGAGGGCCGCCCCCGUCCCGUCAAGAUCGACGUCGACGCCGGCGUCACCGUCGAGGGCGCCAACAACUUCCUCGGCAGCAGGGAGGUCUUCCAGCAGUUCCUCGAGGUGCAAAGGAGUGCACACGCCCGCGGCCAACGGCGGCGCCGCGAGGAAUCCGACGAGGAGGCCGACGAGGCCGCUGGCCCGUCAAAGCGAACACGCUCUACCCCUACCGAUUGA